UCUCAGAAUGGACACCCCACCCAUUAAAGAACCGCUAGAGAAGAAGCAAAAUGAAAAGCUGAAACACGAGGAGGAAGAGUUUAAGGAACUAGACGGUCUGAAGGAAGCUUUGGCAAGCCUCCGGGGACUGUCUGAAGAGGAGAAGAGUGAGAAAGCAAUGCUUCGCUCCCGUAUCCAGGAGCAGUCCCAGCUCAUCUGCAUUCUGAAGAGGAGGUCGGAUGAAGCCUUAGAGCGCUGUCAAAUCCUGGAGCUGCUCAACGCAGAACUAGAAGAGAAGAGGACGCUGGAGGCUGAGAAACUGAAGGCCAAAAGCGAACAUGCCCGGAAGCUGGAGGAACGCUUUCUGACCCUGGCAGCCAACCAUGAGUUGAUGAUUCGCUUCAAGGAUGAACACAAGAGUGAGAAUGUCAAAUUGAGGGAGGAGAAUGAGAAACUGAGGCUAGAGAAUGACAACCUUUUCAGCCAGGCUCUAAAGGACCAGGAAGCCAAAGUGUUGCAGCUAACCUCCCGGAGUGAAGCUCUUGCCACCGAGCUGGAGACUCUGAAAAAGAGAUGUGCUCAGGAUGCCUGCCAAGCACUGGCCCGAGAGAAGGCGCUCCUGGAGCUGCAGAGCCUGCAGGCCUGUGCCCACACCAAGGAGACAGAACAGUUGCACAGCGAGCUGCAGAGCCUCAGGCAGGAGCACCAGCAGGCAGUGGAGCAGAUGGCCAAGGCUGAGGAGGCACACAGCAGCCUAAGCCAGGAGCUGCAGGCCAGGCUGCAGAUGGUCACUCAGGAGAAAGAGGAGCUGUUACAGUUAUCCAUGGAGAGGGGCAAGGUGCUUCAGAGCAAGCAAGCAGAAAUCCGACAGCUUGAAGAGAAGCUGGAGACAGCAGAUGUGGCUAGAAGGCAUGCCCUAGAGAGGUUUGAGUUAGAGGCUGUGGCAGUAGAUAGCAACUUGAGAGUCCGGGAGCUUCAGCGCAGGAUAGAUAGCAUCCAGAAGGCCUAUGAUGAGCUCAGGCUGCAGUCUGAAGCCUUCAAAAAGCACAGCCUGGAUCUUUUAAGCAAGGAGAGAGAACUCAAUGCCAAACUUCGCCAUCUUUUUCCCUAAGGAUGUUUCUGUUUCCUCUGACCUUUCAUUUAGAAUUCAAAUACUUGCUCCUUAGUAUUACUGGUGUGUAGAGAUGGUAUCCCAUGCAUUACACUUUUAAGCACAAAAGUCCAACUCAAAACUAUUAUAUCAUUGUUAGUAUUGUAAGGCCAAUGCUAACUUUCAGUUCUGUCAUCUAGAAUAUACAGUGUUUACCAAAUUUCUUUCUGUGAUCUUGAAAUCAUCCUAAAUUUGCUAUCUGGAUCUCCACUUCCCCCAUAACUUACUUCCA